UGAGCAGAGCCGGUCAUGGUUCUCAAGUGCUCCCCCUGCCUGGGCGGUUGGUAUGGCCUGUGGCCCCUGCGAGGUGGUUGCACCCAUCCUUCCCGGAAAUGUUUGCCUCCCACACGCCGGUCCGCUGGGCUGUCGGACAUGGACGCGCCAGGCAGUGCGAGCUGGUCAGGCCGAGCCCCCGCGCCCGCGGAGUCAGCCCCGGCCUCGGUGACCCUGGCGCAGCUCCUGCAGCUGGUGCAGCAGGGCCGGGAGCUCCCCGGCCUGGAAAAGCGCCAGAUCGCCGCGACCCAUGGCGAACCCACGGCGUCCCGGCUCCCGCGGAGGCCCAAGCCCUGGGAGGCCACCGGCUCGGCCGAGGCCCCGGCGCCGCCGCCCUAGACCCGGGCCACAGGCACGCGGACCCUCGGGUAGGGAAGGAGGGAACACCUGGGGGAGCCCGGCUCGGCGGACCGAGGACCACGUCUUCCUAAGGGGCCGUCGUGGGUUCCCGAGGCUCGAGAUCCUUUGCAGCUACGAGAUCUGGAGGGGACUGUCCCGCAUAAACUCGGACUGAAAACUGGGUACUGACCAGUUACUCGUCUUUUGUGCUUCCGCCCUGACCUGUCUCAGCUGGACUUAAGCCUCCUGGGAGCGCCAUGGGGUUGUUUUGUGUCCGUAUUUCAAUAAACAAAUUUCAAAAAGCCCUUCAA